AUGGACAUCAAAGCCAGAUCAAAGGCAAUGAGAGAAAUACUCACGCGACUGGUGGAGAGAGCCCACGGUGCUAUUGAAGUCAAGGUUUUUGGUGAUAAGGUUAUCCUUGAUGAGGAUGUCGAAAAUUGGCCCCGUUGUGAUGUACUCAUCUCUUUUUUUUCCACCGAUUUUCCCCUGGACAAGGCCAUAUCUUACGUUAAACUCCGUCACCCCUUCUGCAUCAACGACCUUUUACCGCAGGCUUUACUAUGGGAUCGUCGUCUGGUUGGAGCUAUUCUUGACCAUUUACAUGUCCCGACACCCAAGCGACUAGAAGUUUCUCGCGAUGGUGGUCCUCAAGUUGAUACAGAACUCAAAGACGCAAUGUCAAAGAAGCUUGGCGUCACACUAGGUGGCUUCAGAGUGACCCCUGAAGUCUCACUUCGCGAAGAUGGGAACGCCAUUGUCAUUGACGGGCAAGUCCUAGAGAAACCCUUCGUGGAAAAACCUGUUAGCGGUGAGGACCACAACGUUUAUAUUUAUUUUCGGGGUGGUGGAGGGCGCCGCCUCUUUAGGAAGGUCGGUAAUAAGUCAAGUGAUCUCGAUCCUUUGUUGAAUCAUCCGCGGACGGACGGAUCAUAUAUCUACGAGGAAUUCAUCGACGUCGAUAACUCUGAGGACAUCAAGGUUUAUACGGUCGGCAAGGACUACUUUCACGCUGAAACUCGGAAAUCCCCUGUGGUUGAUGGCGUUGUCCGCCGAAACACGGAAGGCAAGGAGAUUCGAUUUAUUACUCAUCUGAGUGAGGAGGAGAAGACGUACGCUGCGAAAAUAUGUCAAGCAUUUGGUCAGAACGUUUGCGGCUUCGACAUGCUUCGAUGUGAAGGAGGCAAGAAAACUCAAAUUAUCGAUGUUAAUGGAUGGAGCUUUGUCAAGGGAAAUGAGAGUUAUUAUGACAAGGCUGCCGAGAUCUUGGCUAACCUCUGCAUCCAUGUGUCAUCCUCGCCAGAACGUCCGAUACCCUCAGCGGACACUACAACCAAGGGGCAGCCACCAACAUGGAUCCUCAAGGCAAAUGUAACGGUCUUCCGACACGCUGACCGCACGCCCAAACAGAAGUUGAAAUUUAAUUUUCCUAUCGGUGACGUAUGGACGCAGCCUUUCGUUCGACUACUCAAUGGAGAGAAGGAGGAGAUAAUCCUUCGCGAGACAUCUCAACUUAAUCUUAUCGCCCAAGCAGUCGAGGAGGCAAAAGCUCUGGGCGCGAGUGGCGAUGACCUGGCGAAGCUCACGCAACUCAAUACUGCGCUUUUCAACAAGAUCAACCUUCCUGGGACCAAGGCGCAGCUGAAGCCUGUAUAUUCGAAGAGACAGGCUGGUCAGGCAAGGAGGUUGACAAAGCUGACCCUGGUCUUUAAAUGGGGUGGUGAAUUCACGCAUUCAGCAAGAUACCAAUCUCGCGACCUUGGAGAGAAUAUGAAAAAGGAUCUGACCAUUAUGAAUAAGGAAGCUCUUCAGAAUGUCAAGAUCUAUACCUCCUCUGAGCGCCGCGUGAUUGCAUCCGCCGAGAUUUUUGCUGCAGCACUCGUCGACAACAUCUCUUCAAAUGGCAGAUUAAGCUCACAAGGGACGACACCUCCGGAACUGAUCAUCCGUAAAGACCUUCUCGAUGACUCUAAUGCAGCCAAGGACUUGAUGGACGACGUGAAGAAGCGCCUGAAGAUAUUGUUGAGACCCGGUGAACCUGAGAAGCGUCCCGAGCUCACAUGGCCAAAGAGCAUGAAAAAAGAGCCGGUCGAAGAGGUCAUUGAACUUUUGAGCUCCUUCCGGGCAAUCAUGCACAAGAAUUUCGAGACUAUGGAUGUGGACACGAUCCAGGAACGAUGGUGCUGUGAUGAUGAACCCUGGUUGUUCAGGGAACGCUGGGACAAACUGUUUGAGGAUUUCUGCGAUGUCGAACAAAAGAAGUUUGACCCUUCUCGUGUCUCCGAGCUUUACGAUACCAUCAAGUAUUGCGCGCUGCACCACCGAACGUUCUUGUUCUCGAUCUUUGACCAAAACGCUGGCCACGGCCAGGAUCCGAGCCAGACUCAAGAUCGCAAGUUGCAUGAACUUUACGGGCGUGCUAAAGCUCUAUUUGAUCUAGUGGCGCCUCAGGAAUACGGCAUUGAGGCUGAUGAAAAGGAGCAGAUUGGCGUCCUAACUUCAUUACCACUACUUCGGAAAGUCGUAGAAGACCUCGAGGCUGCACGAAACAAUGGCGCCAGUUCCUUGACCCUUUAUUUCACCAAAGAAAGCCAUAUUCAUACGCUUGUCAAUCUCGUGCUGCACUCCGGCUUGCCAAUUGCGAAUAGGCGGAUACCCGAGUUAGAUUAUUGUUCCCAUAUCACGUUUGAACUCUACGAGCGCAAUUUUGGGCGCGGGAAUUCUGAUAAGGAAUAUUCAAUUAGACUGUCCCUUAGUGAAGGUGCUCACUCGUCGAACGUCCUGGACUCUACUUUGGAUGCACGUCAUUCUUUAAACGUACAGCCCCGAAGGAAAUUGACGCAGCACCUUCCAUACAGCCUCGUCAUCGAGAAACUCUCUAAGCACUUCGGCAAAAUGACCGAGGACGAUGACACGGGAACGGAUACCCCAUUCGAAGCGAAUAAUUUCCGGGGGUAUUUCCCCAGUAUCCACGAGACUAAUAGCAGCAGCGAUGAUAGAUGA